AUGAGAUUCCUGUUGCAAUAUUCCUUCCUUUUCCUUGCCGUUCAGGCAGCCAACGUGCAAAAGAUUAUAGUUGAAGAGGCUUUCAAUAAAGCCGUUGCCCAAUAUAAGGAGGCUUCUGCCGCUUUGGAAAAACAACUUCCUGCUUGUUUGGAAAAACAUGAAGUUGACGCCGACUCCAAGUUCACCUUGAAUGGACAUAUCGUUGUCUUGAAGACUCCUCAUACACCUGAAAACGAAGACAAAAUCUCCGGUUUCCAGAACUGUGUUUUUGAAAUUUCUCAAGAUACUCUUGUCGCUGGUUCGUACGAAGCAGUCGAAUCAAGCGUUGUUUUGGAAGACACCACAGAAGGCUGGAACCAGGCUGCAAUGACUAACUUGAGAUAUGAUGUCAUUCCUGCUUUGAUCGGUUAA